AUGAAAGAAACACUAAAGUCACUCUGGCUACAGUUGAUACAACAUUUGCAUCCAGCAAGUAGACAUAACCCUAGCAUAUCAGAUCAGGAUGCAGCAAGUAAAGAAGUCCUCAUCAUGCAAAAACAAGUGGUUGCAUUGCCUGAAGACAUUGUUCACUCCAAUGUUGCUUUUUCAGUGGCAGUAGCAUUUGCUGUUGGUGAAUUGGACACCAAGAAUGAG